AUGGAGAUCGAGGGCCGGGAUUAUUUCUGGCCUCCGCCCCCGAGGCGGGAUCCCGAGGCCUGGCGCAAUCCCCGAAAGUACUGCCGCUUCCACCGGGACCACGGCCAUGAUAUAGAAGAUUGUUUCCAGCUCCGGGACGAAAUCGAGGCACUCAUCCACCGAGGAGUGCUUGACCGGUUCAUACGGAACCGGCGUGAAGAGAAAAGGCCAGCGGAGAAUACCGCACAGCCCGAAAAUCCAAAUGCCAACAGACCCAUCGCCAGCACCAUUAACACCAUCCGAAGCGGAACCUCGGUCGGAGGAGUUGCAGAGGAAGGCACCACCCCGAAGCGCUUACGCGCCUCCGAAACUAUCUCGUUCUCGGACGAGGACUUGGAGGGAGUUGAAACCCCCCAUGACGAUGCUGUGGUCAUCUCCAUGGUUGUAAACAAGUUUUAUGUAAAACGUGUCCUAGUUGAUAAUGAAAGUUCGGCGAAUGUUUUGUACUUUGACGCCUAUUCUAGAAUGGGGAUGACAGAGAAGCAAUUACGGAGGAUGAACGCCCCGCUAGUCAGAUUUACUGGGGACUCGGUUCCGGUGGAGGGCGAGAUCGAUCUUCUGGUCACGGUCGGGCUCGCUCCUCGAGAAAGAACCAUGAGGAUGGAUUUCCUCGUAGUGCGUUUCCCUCGGCCUAUAACGCCAUCCUCGGACGACCAGGGCUCAAUGCUCUUCGAGCUGUGGUCUCAACCUGCCACCUACUUAUGCGGUUCCCCACCAGCCAAGGAAUCGGCGAAGUCCGUGGAGACCAAGCGGUAG